GCACAAACAGAAAACUCAGAACUGGGACAGAAGGGGAAGUGUGGGUCAGAUCAACACAGACAUCCAGAUACAUUAGGAGAAUGGAGAACAUUACAACCUUUACUCUGUCCCUCUACACCAUGGAUGAUCGUUCUGAGUAUUCAACUGAUGAAGAAGAUCACAGAGGUAUGGACAGCCUCCAUGUAUUUUCUAUUGUGGUCUAUGCUGUGGCCUUCUUGCUGGGGACAACAGGAAAUGGCUUAGUCAUCUGGAUCGCUGGUUUCAAAAUGAAGAAAACAGUCAAUGUAGUGUGGUUCCUUAAUUUGGCCAUUGCAGAUUUUAUCUUUACAUUCUUCUUGCCUCUGAGUAUUGCCUACCUUGCUCUUGGAUUCCACUGGCCUUUUGGUACCUUCAUGUGCAAGCUAACUAGUGCAAUAGCAUUCCUCAAUAUGUUUGCCAGUAUAUUCACACUCACAAUCAUCAGUAUAGAUCGCUGGAUCUCUGUUGUGUUCCCUGUAUGGGCCCAGAACCAUCGGACACCCCGUAUGGCUUCCAUAAUAUCCCUUGUUAUUUGGCUUUUUGCACUGAGUUUCAGUUUAACAUAUUUUAUAUUCCGUGACACAGUUAAAAGGGAUGAUGGAAGGAUGUACUGUUUCAAUAACUUUCAUGAAGAAGAUGAAUAUUUGCGAGGUCUGAGGCACAGAGCUACAUUGAUUACAAGAUUUGUUGUUGGCUUUGUCAUACCUUUUACAAUUAUUACCAUGUGUUAUGUAGUGAUCACUUUACACCUCCAUAGAAAUCGUAUGGCGAAAUCUACCAAACCCUUUAAAGUAAUUGUAGCUGUUCUGCUUUUCUUCUUUUUCUGUUGGUCACCAUAUCAUGUUCUAUCUUUUUUGGAACUGUAUGCAAAUGACAAUGGUGAUCCUUUGCUACAAAAAGUCUUAUAUAUUGGAAUUCCAGUUACCUCCAGUUUGGCCUUCCUUAACAGCUGUGUCAACCCGUUCCUCUAUGUAUUCAUAGGUCGAGACUUCAAGACGAAAUUCAGGACCUCAGUCCAGGCUAUUUUUGAGAGAGCAUUCAGUGAGGACCUUCCUCAAUCAGAUUUCAGGAGUAAAAGUAAAUCCACUUCUGACUCUCAGUUACUUUGAAAUA